AUUCACACAUGAACACAAAUGGUCCCCGGUGUUUUGACCGGCGACGCGAUGACUACGCGACGCGAUGAAUACGCGACGCGCUUGGUGUGAACGCAGCAUUAGCUGCGAGCAGCUGGCUCAAGCGUUGCCAUGUUGAGGGCUUUGGGAAGGCAAUCUCUCCGCUCUGAAUAUCUAAUUAAACACUUUGAAGUUCAAAAUUUCUUUGUACCAUUUAAAAAAAAAAAAAAAAAGUAAGAAUAUUUAUUUUUCUUCAUUUCUGUCCUGGUUCACAAAUAUGAAUCAAAUCAAUUUUGUUUAUCACUUUUUGGUAGAGAAUCUGUCAGAUUUUGCCAAAGAACAGAAGUGCUCCAACAUAUCUGUGAUUGAAAGAAGGUGCAUUACAUUACACUUUAGUGGUUUAUGGGGGUCUUCCUCCACAGUGGUUGGCAGUGAGGAUACCAACUCCAUCAACCACUGAAACCGAAACAUACAACCAGUAAUAUACCCCCGAGAUGCAUGAUGUUUUGUCUUAAAGUCAUCAAAUUGUGACUUCAAAGACCCCAACUUCCUCUGCUGUGGUUAAAGUGUUGCCUUGUGUUUGUGUGUGUAUGUGUGUCUGUGUGUGUGUGUGUCGCAGAUAUACUUAUACUUUGCAUAGCAAUAACUAUAGGCGUUAUUAAAAGAUUUUGGGCUGUUUAUUGUUUUUGUAAAAAAUGUAAAAAGGAGGGAAACACCGUAGUUAAAUUUGUAAUGUUAAGACAAGUUGCUGUUGACUUUCCCAAUGUACAGUGAGUCUUUAGACAGUUUUCUCUGUGUAAAAUAUCAUGAAGGAAGCUAUUUGAUCUUCCUAAAUUUCCAGGUAUUAUGAGUGACAGCCUCCUCAGCUGAGUUCCUCACAGUCUGCACAUGUCCACGACUUCCGUUGCAGGAGGUGCUUGCGAUGUUGUAGGUAGAUAAAUUGUGUUUGUGCAAGUUCCUGUCUACAGUUUGCUCCUCUCAGGCACACAAACUGCUACCUUAGUAGAAAAGCCAGACCAAAGGAUUCAACACACCAAGGCAGCUCAAAUAAGUCAGCAAUAUCACAGAUUCAAGGGCCAACUCUCAGAGCCGACCUGCAGGCAACACAAUUCUUCUAUCAUGUUUGACAACAUUGUUUCAAAGCCUCUCGUGUUAGUUUUGAUCAUAACAGCUCACAUGGUUUUCAACGACACCAUCCCAGCAGAGGUCACCAAGAACCUCGGCACCAACAUCACCUUUCAGUUCAUAUUCAACGUCAGUGCCAUAAAACAUUUUGCAGUUUACAAAACAAACUACACAAAGAUUGCCGAGUAUUCCAAGGGCAAUAAUUUCAAAAAUAAUGUUAACGUCCACACUGAAAAAAAUUCUGUGAUUUACCACAUUACAAAUCUCAAACUACAUCACAGUGGGAUUUACUGGGCCAGUUUGUUCUUGGACACAGGACUCGCAGUUGAAAGUAAUAAUAAGGUGCAGCUGAUCGUCCUAGAGGAGAACACAAUCAGCACAGUUACUCCUAUGCAGAAUGAUAUCACAACGACAGGCAGUGGAAGCACCACUUUAAUUUCCUCUCACAUCGUCACUGUCCUUGUGGUUUCACCUGUAGUGCUGUUGGCUGCAGUACUUCCCUUGUUGAUCUGGUGUCUACUGAGAACCAAAGACAAACAACCGCCACCUCAACAACAAAGCUCUAAUCCCACAGUACAAGAAACAGUUGAGGCAUCCACCAAUGUGCCCGCACCCCCACUGGUCUACAGCGUCCUGGACUUUCCCAAAAGAUAUCCGGCAGUGUUGGAGAUUAAUCCAAGUGAUAUAGUGUACGCUGAUGUCAGCUAUCUCCCAGAGAAGAGACAAGUGUGACUUGCAGCAGAAUGUAAACCAGCAGGUUUCUCUUGGUUUGGGUAAAGGUAUGAAAGAUGACUUAUAUAUAGAUCUAAAAAUAUAUUUCAAGUGAGUGUGAUAAAUGCUUUUUUUAAUCACACGAUGAAUUCUCACAGCGUGUAGGCAAUAAUUUGCAAGCAAAGGAGUCACUGUUCUGCUUUGGUCGUGAGUAUGUAGGUGUCACUUUGAGUUUGGUGGUCGUGAGAUUGAAAUGUUGACAUGUCGGCAAACCACAAGCCAGCACAUAUAAUGUUGCAAUAACAAACCAACAUUGUGAUUCGGUUUGUUUGUUCUUUAUUUGUCUCAGGGUCAUCUGUCCACUAAACUCUUAAAGGCAGAGUCUGUUUCAUUUUUUGUUUUCUUUGACCAAUGCCAUAAAAAGACCAAAACAAUGACGUAGUCCUAUUUCCUGUGUGGUCAACAUCCGAUAUAUCUUACUCCUCCUUGCCAUAGACCUCCAUUGUUGUCCCAAAACUAUCAAAAACACACCAGGCAGCCUCACCAUUGCACUGGGUGACAUCUUAAUUUGAUGAACAGGGGCACUGUCGUUUAUUUUGAGUCCCACAAAUAAAAUCCUGCUGCUGAAAAUACUCACCGGAGCUUAAAGUAGUCCCACAAAAAUGUACUUUUGAAUAACAUUUGAAUAACAUUUUCUAAAAACUACAGUGCCCAGCUGUUUUGAAAAAAUACUGAGCGUUUUUAUAAUGUGUUUUAAAAUUGAAUCGAUACAUUUUGGGGCUGUUUUUAUUCUUCUUUUUACAUAUAGUUUUGUCUUCAGUCAAAUAGGCUUUCAGCUGAGUACCACAGACAUGGUGGGGAAGUCAGAAAGCUUUGAGAGAUGGACUAACACACUGAUGGUAUUGUUGUUCUCAUGGAAUUUAUUGAAAAUAACAAAAACAUGAAAGAAGGCCAGUUAUGUGUUAUAUCUUCAGGAGCUCCCUUUGGGUUUCAGGUUGACUCAUUUUUUAUCUUUUCUGUCAUUUUCUGAUUUGUUUUUCAUCAAAGUGUUGAUCACAGUUAGACUCAGUGUUUCCACUGUUAACAUAAACAGAAUUAAUAACUAUUCGUGAAAUGAAACAGUCUCAGGAAGUGAUGAAAUUGUAUUUGUAGAUUAAAGAUCUCAGCUCAAGAGUACUGUAUAUUCACAGAAGGGAUUUUCCAUUUAUUGUAUGUGACAGUUUGAGACUGUCACACCGAUUUCUACGCAUACGAUGGCUAUCUGACAAUAUCUCACUGCCAUUUUCCACUGCAUGAUCUCUGACGUUCUCUUUUGAAAGGUGCUAAAUGAUAUUUUGAUAGAUUUGUCAGAAUAAGUUUUGAUUUAUGUCCUCAGUGCCACAUGUUGUUGUCAUUAAUGUGUGAUAGCCAUGCAUUCAUGUAUUAAACUCAUCCAGCAUAUUUGUUCACAAGUGGCAGACAUGCUGGUUGAUUAUUCAUCCCGGAUGUUUGUUGUUAUUCAGGAUGGAAAAUAACCAGCCAACCUGGUAAAUGGUGACGUGUUUUUUUAAAAUACGUGGCCGCAAAGGCACGCAAUCAAACACCGACUGAAGUUUCUUCUGCUUUCAUUAUUGGUAAAAAAGCAAAAGGGCAUUUUCAAUGUACCAAGUUGUCCUGCCAACAGGUGUUAUUAUUUCAUACUACUGAACUGUUUCUUCUUGAAAUGCAGGAGUGAAUGUCAAAAUAGAGAAAUAAACUUUAUUUUUUUUGUGUACAAACAAUGUCCUUCGUUCAUCAAUGCUGGAUCAUUGAGUCUCAUGUAACUAACAGAAAAUACAUUUUGUUUUGGUGAUCCAUUCAAGAAGGUGAAAACAUGGUGCAUGCUUCACAGUGUGUUUUAGUUGUAAAAAAAUGUUUAGCUGCAUGCUGCUUGUUAAAUUGUUGGUGUCCUGAAUAAAAUGGCUUACAAUACUGAUGCCCUCCUUGGCCUUUGUCUGAAAGUGUACCUUGGUUUCAAUGUCGGUUUUAAAUCUGCUCUCCAGGCAGAAAUAAUCGCACUGGUUGAGUUAAACUUAAAGUGGCUGUCGCUUAAAGACCACGAUGCUUCUUAUCAACCUGGCCUUGUCUUACCAAGCCUUCGGUAUGUAAAAUCAUGCAGUACUGAUACUAAAAGGGUUGUUCUCACGCAGGACCUACUUUUAGUGUGUCAGUGGGGCUGGCCCGGGUAAAUCUCCCAUAACUCCACCAUCUGUUUUUCUGCGAAACCUACAUGGUGUUGUCUCUUUGAGGCUGCAUACAGGGUCCAAGGUGCAGGUGCUAGUUCAGCAUUUAUUAUAAUGAAACCUCAACCUCAAUACUGUAAAG